GCAGCCGAGUUCCUGCCUGGCCGCUUUCCGGCGCCUCCCCAGUGUCCUUGCCAAGGGGGUGGGCGCCAGUUCUCUCCUGCCCGACGGAAUGUGGGGGCCUCUCCAGCGAGUGCCUCCCAGAAACUGGCGCUGAGAGGCAGCCCCGACCUCUCAUUGCUUCAAGUUCACCCUCCUUGGCCGCUGACCUCCUCAGGGUGUCUUUACCCAAGUGGUGGCUUUUCUCCCGUUUGGGGGUGGGGAGAACCACCUGUUCUUUUGGACCCAGCCCAGGAGACUGCCACCUCUGACUUCACUCUCAUCUUACAAGAUCUUAAGCCAACUGCUGUGAAGCCUUGGCCAUAAGAGACAGGCCCCCCUCCCUCCCACCACCCUGCCCCAGCCCCAGCCCUUUGAGAGCUGCUGUUCACUGUUCUGUACACUGGAUGUUUCUCGUUUCUUGGUGUUGCACGGCCUGCCCUCGUCCCCUACCUUCUCCCACCUCUUCUACCGCUCAUCAUCUGGUCCACUCUGCUGCAGUCGGCUCCAAAUGCAUCAGCCUCUUGAGGUUUCUAAAACGUAGAGGCUGCUGAGAACCAGCCCUAGACCUCUGCUUGAGGGUCCUUCCUCUGGAAACAUCACCAGUGUGUGGAGCCUGCCCCACACCUACCCCCUGCCAAACCACGGCCUUUACCUGUGUCUUCCGGUGUUUCCCGUGCGACCCAUCCUGUGGGAGUGCCUCGUGGGCUGCCCCGGAGUUCACCCCACACACAGCAGCGCCAAUGGUGAAGAUGACAAGAUCCAAGACUUUCCAAGCAUAUCUGCCCUCCUGCCACCGGACCUACAGCUGCAUUCACUGCAGAGCCCACUUGGCCAAUCAUGACGAACUCAUUUCCAAGUCGUUCCAAGGAAGUCAAGGACGAGCAUACCUCUUUAACUCAGUAGUUAACGUGGGCUGUGGGCCUGCAGAAGAGCGAGUCUUGCUAACAGGACUGCAUGCAGUCGCAGACAUUUACUGUGAAAACUGCAAAACCACUCUGGGCUGGAAAUAUGAACAUGCCUUUGAAAGCAGCCAGAAAUAUAAAGAGGGCAAAUACAUCAUUGAGCUGGCACACAUGAUCAAGGACAACGGCUGGGACUGAUUGGAGAGCAUCUGCCCAGCCCAGUGUCCACGUGAACGCCAUCCAACUGAACAUUCUACCCAGCGUGAGAGAGUGACUGAACACGUGGUUCCAUCCAUUUGGGGGCCUCGCCAUCGGGGGCAUUCUCCCACCCUGACGCCAUCUUUCUGGCGAUCGGCCUCUAAAUCGCUGUCUCUCUGUCUCUUUGCUUUGUAUCUGUCUGUGAGUUGAUCCUGGCUUCUCUCUCUGUUCUAGUGUUGGCUGAAAACAAAACAACAAAAGGAACAGAUGUCUGACCGCAUGGCGGCAGCCCACCUUGAUAAGGGUCUUGGUGCCCAUGCGAGAGCUGCCUGACGGCCACUUGUCAGGAGAGCAGUGGCACAGCACAGGGGUGUGAGGAAGAGGGAAAGGGGGGGGAAACCUCGAGGGUCCCGGGGGUGGGCAGGGGACGGGAGGGUAGGGGUAGAAAGAAAAUUGUGCUGCUCCUGGAGACCUAGUAACUUAGGCUUGAAGUAAUCGACUUGUCUAAAAGGACAAAGAGAAAAAAAAUACCUCAUGCCUGCAUUCUUUCUGAUCAGAAGCUUCUGUUCCUGACACCAAAUGUGCCAGGUUAGCAAAUGAGCACAAGAAGUGGCCCUAAUUCUAGCUGGCGGGGCAGGGGCCUGGUUCUCCUGGGCCGAGUUGGGGAGCAUCCUGGCAGUGAUGAGUGACUCGGGAACAGCCCAGGUGGGUUUUGAUGACUUGGAUGCCUCACUGCUCCUGUGGGUAAUCUUUCUCUUUGCCUCUUCAGCCAGUGUAGGUGACAAGAGAGGGGACUGCCAUUUGCAAUGGGUGCAAGAUCUCAACAUCCCAAAGCCUUUGACCAGCAACUAAGUAAAAUCAAUAAUUGAGGAGAACAGGGAACAAAGAGAGCUGCAGUUUGGGAGCUCCUCAGAAAUGGCUCAGAUACUGGGCCAGAGAAAACAAAAAGUAGAACCAGUUAGCAAUUCCGUCUGACCUUUCUUUCUGACCUUUAAUAAGAGAAGAGCAUUGUGGCAAGGAAGGGGGGGUGGGAUGGGGCAAUGCCGGGAUUAGUUUAGAUUUGAACCAUUACAGGUUAGGUCAUCUUUCCUCUUUGGUAUGCAACGGCUUCAGUGAGAUCAGCAAUUCUUUGUACAUAGAGUUUUGGGUGUUUUUCUCCAGUUCUAUCAAGGUAGAUUUUGGAAAACAAAGUCCCAAGGCUUUGAUCUUAGUGAUAACCUGGCUGGUAGAUUCCUCAUGCCCCUAGCUGUUCUCCUUGGACUUGGGUGUUCUGUGUGGAGAGAAAUCUGUCAGUGUGGUCCAGCAGUGGGGAGGGCUUAGAUUUGGUGUCAAACAUCGUUGCAAAUUCCAGUAUUCCCCCCCCAUCUGAACUUCAUCAUAUUAGGGGAGUGGAGAACAAAUCCCUGUAAGGCUUAGGAGAGAGAGAGGAGUGUGAUACAUUUAAUCAACACUGUGAAGUCUGUUCUUCAGCAAUUUAGCCAGUACACGGUGCAUGACCGAAACUCUUAACUGAGUUAAUUUCAUUGCUUAGACUGAAAAUAUUAGAUAGGUGUAGGUUUAUGUUAGGUAAUUCUCAGCAUCUCAUUUUCCAAGGAGACUGAUCCUAUAGGAAAAUUUCACCUUGAAAGUCACAAAAAAGUGAGUUCAUCGAGACAAGAAUCCGUAAAAUCGAUUAACCAAGAUUCAAGCAGCCAACCUAGAACGUUUUCAGAAUUGAACCAAAUUCCCACAGGGAGUAAGUCCAUGGUGGAAAUGUCUUUUUGUGUCUCUGUGUGCUGAUUACAGAAUGAGGGACUGGAGACAGGCAUGGUCCCACCCUGGCGCUGGUGGACAGCGGGACUGAUAGGAAGCAGGGUAUCUCCAGGUUUACCAGUAGACGGCCUGUAAGACAAAAGGAUUCUUAGAAAUCAAAUUUUGUUCCCAAAGGCUUCUUACCCCUAUAUCCCGGUGCUUUAGUAGCUCUGGGAGGGUAAGUUGUUCUCCCCACGUUACUGCAAAGCAGACUGAGGUUCAGAAGCAUUUCAUGUCCGCUCCCAGGGAAAGAGUUCCGGCUCCCAGGCCCAAGAUCUCCAUAAAAACAUUUUCAACUUUCACAUUCCUAAGCUGGCUUGCCAGCACAGAAAUCAUAGAUUCCCUUCUCUGUGCCCCCUGAAGGUAGUGGCCUUCGUUUGUGGAUUUUGGUUGGCCCCUUUGCUCAGGGAAUGUCCUGGCUAUGGAUGCUCCUUUCUAUAAAAAGAAAAUGGGGCUUAAACAUGGGUAGCUGUUUUGUCUUUAAAACUAAAAAUGAGUGUGUUGACAUAUAAACCAGACAUGGGGGACCCUAGAAUUUUCAAGGGGCACAGGAGACCGAUGUGCCACUGUUCUUCCUUGGAGAUGGGACCUCUAACUGUUGCAUGGAUCAGAGCAGGCUCCAAUUCAACCCUGGUUCUGGUUUUUUUCAGUUACUAUCCAUUGAGCAUCCAAUGUGUGCAUGGCACCAUUCCUGUGCAAGAGAUCUGAGUAGAAUGUUGGUUUUCCCAUAACUACAGGGAAAAAAAGCAACCACCCAUUAGGCUUUCCCUUUGUGUCAAUGAAACCAAAAGUGCUUCUUAUAACUAGCUCCAUUCAUGGCUUAUCUAUCUAACGUCUAGCAGUAUUGGAGAGAAUGCAGCUGGGCAAUGGAGACGCAUCAACUCAUGGCCUCAGUCAGUUCGUUCUUUAAUUUCCUCACCAAAUUAUUGACUCAGAGCAUAACCAAAGACCUCAUCCAUUCACCCCUGGUAGGUCCAGGGAAUUUGAGUUCGGUGAUAAAGCUUAGGCGGGGUGCAGGGAGUAGGGAAGGGGAAAAGGGGAAAUGAGAAAGGGAAAGGCAUGAAGUUCUAUACCUCAGCCAGCAGCUGCCUUCACUUUCAACUGAAGUCCAGCCGGCAGACUCUCUAGUUCCAUCUCCUCUGUGCCACCCUAGGUCAUAUGGCCUUGGCGGCCCUGGAUUACACCCAAGCCCCCAGGAUAUUUGUCUCAGGCUGCUGAUGGGUUGAUUUGACGUGAAUCACAUACAGCCAAAACCUGAUGCCCAGAGAAUGUCAGCUGAGCCUGAGUGCUGCCCCAACUCCUAUGACAGUAUGAUCAUGGAGAUAGGUUAGAGGAAAUCUUUACUGGCGGUGGAUCAGUGUGUGAAAAAGAGCUGUCCCCUUUAUAAAGAGAUUUGCAAGCAGAUAUAUAUAAAAGAAACAGUUGCUUAUGAAAUAUACUUUUGUAAAUAAUAUUUAAUUUUUUAAAUAAUAUAUUUGGUGCUGUUUUCUCAGAUCCCCUGAGAGCACUUUUUAUUUUCAUUUUUAAAUUCUAUGGUUUCCUCUGCAUUUCUUGAAGUAUAUUUUAAGGGAAACGGUGAUCACCAAUAUACUCUUUUUUAAAAAAGAUCUCUAUCGCUUUAUUCUGGACGGAGGCAGCAGAGCAGUGCCUCUCCGCGUUUCUUCCCGGUGGAACAGACUCUGCAGUACAUUACCAGGUUGAGAACUGAAAUAUUUUCUUGCACCAGUAUUGGCUAGAAAAGAAAAGAAAUAAAACCAAUAAAUUUAGUAACAACCUAGAGUGAUUCCUCUUGUUGGAAGAAUUUCCAACAAAUUGGAAUCUUGUUUUUAAUUUUGUGUGUAUGCGUGUAUGUGUGUGUGUGUGUGUGUGUAUAAAGAGCACUUUGGAUUGUGCCUCCUGUUUUCUUUCUUAUUGGGGACACUAUACCUACAGUUUACACCUUGGGCACAUAAGGUUCUUCUUCUCUUUCUCUCUGGUGGUUUGUUUCUGAGUGGACCAACGGCACAAACCACGAAGAUUCUGUUUUCCUGAGCACAGAGCUGUAGCCGGUUUGCUCCUUAUUCUUUGUGUGCUCAGCUUUUACAGACUGUAAAGGAAAUCUGUUGUUUGUGAAGAUCAACCAGAGUCAAAUCUGUGUUUCUAACCAAGAUGUGAGUGUAUUCAUUCACGUAUCCCAGGGUUCCCGUUGUUGUAGAAGCCACAUCAUGUUAAACAUUAACUGAUUUGAGUUGAAAAAACCUUAAUAAAAUAAUAUACAUACUUUGUAGGUAAACAGCUUUUUUUUUUUAAGGUCAGAUUGCCUCGGGUUCAGGAAGAGGCUGGGAGAUCAACUCUUGAACACAAUCAACUUAACAUAUUUUAAAAAAGAGUCUGCCUCAAAUGAGAAAACAUGCUAGUGGUCUAGGUAGAGGAAAGAGAUAUUUAAUUCUAAAAAUUAAAACAUAGUCAUGAAAUCUGCCAGCAGCGAAAGGUAAAGCCAAGAAGAAACAAGCUAUUCUCCUAUUACCAAAUUCUCUCUGCCCGUGUGUUUUUGUAUAAUGUUUUGGUGAAAGUGAGAGUCGACUACUUUUUCCAACCUGCAGAGACUAUCUUUCAAUACAGAAUCCGUCUCUUUACGCCUGUGUUUACAAACUGUAUUUGUUGGGUUUGGGUUUUGUUAUUUUCUUUCUUUAUCUUUUUUUUGGUUGUUAUUGUUGGCAUUUUUCAGGUCACUUUGCUUCAAUAACAAAGAUUAUUUUCAAGUAAUUUGUCCCCCCUUUUCAUGUGUUUGUACAUAGUGGCUCAGUAUUAGAGAAAAGUGCAUUGUUUCUGUCAUAUUUCCAAUCUGUGUUGGUGCUCAUUUGAGAAAAUAAAGUUUUCAAAUAUUAA